AUUUGGAUCACUUUUUUCGCUGGCUUCGGCACGUAAACAAAUCAAAAUUUUUUCUCCGACUUUUCGACCGUAAAAAUCAUCCGAAACAGUGUAAUUUGUGAGUUAUUUCCGUUUUUUGUUACCAAUUUCUCUUUGUAAUAUGAAACUCCAGGUGAACGAAGUGAUUGCGCUUUAGAAUAAGUGAUUAAAUUGUGCCGGAUUCGGAUUUACGUCGGCGCUCCUUGAGUGCAGGAAAAAGUGGAUCAAACAGCAAUCGUCAACAACGUCACAAGAAGAAGAAAAUUUAUUCGCAUCUCUGGAAGGGUUGUCCGGUGCUUGUUGGAGAUUUCUCUGAUUGAAAUCGGUCACCAGAUGUUCCGUCCUGUGGUUGCUGGAGUGAACCCCGGCGUAACUGUCCUGUGAGUAGUGUGUCAGGUCCGGUCGUUUCGAUUUCGGGGUGGGUGUGGGGCAACGCCAGAAGAAGUAGAUAGAUAGCGGAUCGAAACAGCUGAGGCGGCGGCGGCGACGACGACGACGACAAUUACGAGACGGCAAGAUGUUGACGCACAAGAACAAUCAAGGCGGACGGAAGAAGAUGCAGGUGUCGUUCGUCAUCCGAGAUGCGGAGGAAAAACGGCACCGCAACGGUGUCAACGCCCUGCAGCUGGACGCGAUCAAUGGGCGGCUGUACUCGGCUGGACGGGAUGCCAUCAUCCGGGUUUGGAACUCGAUGCAAAACAACUCCCAGGAGCCGUACAUUCAGAGCAUGGAGCACCACAACGAUUGGGUGAACGACAUUGUGCUGUGCUGCCAAGGAAGAAAUUUAAUCAGUGCCAGCUGCGACACCACGGUCAAAGUUUGGAAUGCCCACAAAGGCUUCUGCAUGUCGACACUUCGGACACACAGGGAUUACGUGCAGGCACUGGCCUACGCCAAGGACCGCGAACAGGUGGCCAGCGCUGGUUUGGAUAAGGCGAUUUUCCUGUGGGACAUCAACACCCUGACGGCGCUCACCGCAUCGAAUAACACCGUUACUACAUCGAGCAUAACCGGUUCGAAAGACUCGAUCUACAGCUUAGCCAUGAACCCGUCCGGCACGGUGAUCGUGUGCGGUUCCACCGAGAAUACCCUCCGAAUCUGGGAUCCCCGGACGUGCAACAAAAUUGCCAAGCUGAAAGGCCACACGGAGAAUGUGAAGGCGCUGGUCGUGUCCGAAGACGGUCAGCACGUGAUAUCGGGCAGCUCGGACGGAAAGAUCAAACAGUGGAGCAUCGGGCAGCAGCGAUGCGUCCAGACCAUCAGCGUCCACUCGGAGGGUGUGUGGGCCCUGCUGAUGACGGAAAAUUUUUCGCAUGUAAUUUCCGGAAGUAGGGACAAGAAGAUCAUCAUGACUGACCUGCGCAAUCCAACGAACAGCGUGCUGAUUUGUGAGGAACGGGCCCCGGUGCUCAGUUUGUGUUAUAAUUACGACCAGACGGGCGUAUGGGCGACCACUUGGAACAGUGACAUCCGGUGUUGGAAGUUGAACCAUUCAGAGAAGCUAAGCAAUUACAAUUAUAGCAGUAGUAGUAGUAUUAACAGUGGCAGCGGAGCUGCUUCAGGCGAUGGAAGCCUAAUUACGACGAAUUCGACAUCGACGACAGCUGCUUCCGGGGCAGCAGCAGCAGCAGGAACCAGUACCGGUGGACAGGGAAAAGGUUUCGAAGUUGCAUGCAUCAAGGGAGGAGCGGCGAUCAAAAAGUAUCACGUACUGAACGAUAAACGAUUUAUGCUGACGAAGGACAGCGACCUGAAUGUGGCAAUUUACGACGUACUGAAGGUGAAAAAGGUGGAAGAUCUCGGUAAGAUUGACUACGAAGAGGAGAUCAAGAAGCGCAGCCAGAAGGUGUACGUCCCCAACUGGUUCACGGUGGAUCUCAAAACAGGGAUGCCGACAAUCGUUCUCGGCCAGGACGAGGUGGAUUGUUUCGCCGCCUGGGUCUCUGCCGAAGCCGGUCUUCCGGAGCAUGCCGAUUCCGGAACGGACCCAAAGGUUAACUAUGGCAGUUUACUCUUGCAAGCCCUGCUGGAAUAUUGGAAACCACCGCCUCCGCACCACCAUCUACAGGGCGUUGGUUCGGACCUCGAUUCGAACGGAUGUGACGGCGACAUCCGGGGCAAUGAAUACUUCAGCAUCCCCAAGCAUACGCCGAUUAUUUUCAGUGAAGUUGGUGGCCGAAAUGUGUGCCGAUUGCUGGUGAAAGACGCCGUCGGAGAAACCGAAAGUGCCCUGCUUAGCGAGACGGUCCCCUCCUGGGUCACCAACGUGGUCAUCGAACGGACCAUUCCCAAGUUCAUUAAGCUUCCGUUCUACCUGCUGGCGCAUCCAUCCAUGCUGAAACAGGACCGCAGUAAAAAGGAACGGCUGAUCGCCAACGAGUUCAUCCAGUGCCGGAAGGUGUGCGAACACGUGCUGGAAAAAGUGCUCGGAGCGGACCUGCCGGCCAGCACCGGCAACUCCAACUCGUCCCAGAACAACAGCCAAAGCGAUGCCAACUCCGAGGGUAGCCAGGUGCCGGCCGAGGAACGAAUCGAACUGCUCUGCAACGAUGUGAUUUGCGACCCCAACAUGGACCUCCGGACGGUGCGGCAUUUCAUCUGGAAGCAAUCGUCCGAUCUCACGUUCCACUAUCGAACAAAGUCAAACUAGGUUCCCUGCAGCGCAGAGGGCAGCGCAGGCCGUUUGUUUCCUUUUUUUUCUACAGAGUUCUAGCGAGAGACAGCGAGAAAGCGAUGUGCGUGUGCGUAUGUGUGUUACUGGGCGAGCAAGUGUGAGAGAUUGUGCGCAUCCGUUUAGAUAGAAUUUAGCAAUGUUAUCGUAUGUUUACUAAGUUAUUUAUGCACUCGUGCUGGUACACUCACACACGCAAGGAGGUGUAGUGUAUAGCAAGAUUUUAAGUGGCGUAGUAUUCCUAUUGUAUAGUGUACUGUUGUAGGUGUGUCUGAGUAGCAGCUUGCAUUUAGCAAUUUAAUUUCCGCUUCUGUUCGAUCUACAACUAACUACUAUUUCUGAGAGAGACUGUGCUAAUCAACUACGUGAUCAACUUAUUCCAGUGUACUGUUAUUUUAAGUCAAUAGUUCUUACCUAAUUUCAAUAUCCCAAUACAUUUCGUUAGUAGCUUUCCUUGAGGGUGUGCAUGUGAGAAAAGAACGAAAGUCGUGUCAGUCGUCUCGGAUUGAUCAUUGCCAAUCUAUUUAGGGAAUCGUGAUUGAAAGCACAUACAAAACGCGUCAACUUGAAUGCUUAUAUUAUCGGUAGGAAAGAAUGUAACGGAAAUUACCGAAUCAGUAGCAAUUAUUAGUAGGAAAGCUUUGAGCGCUAAAGAGAGAUUGAAUUCAAUUCUAUUCUAUACAAGAACACUAAUCAUUACAAUAACGAGUGAACAGAAAUAGCAAAACAAGAGAGGUAGUAGUACUAACGACAGCAACCCAAAUGGAAGAGGAACCAUAGAGCAUUAUAAAACCGGAACGAGAUGUUUACUGCUACGUCACACCAGUACAGGUAAACUUGAAGAAAGUUGAAAAAAGUAUAUGGAAUAUAUCCUCUAUAAAGCAUAAAAGAA